CGGUUUUGUUGGUAUCUGAAAGUUAAUGAGCAAAUUCAUGUGCAAAUGCAGUAGAUAUUUUCAAUUAAGUUGCCUUCAUUUAGUAAAAAUACAUCUUCAGUUCCCUUUCUUCGAUUUUUUGUGGAUUUAAUUAUAACCAAGUAUAAGUCGAUAAAAGUGAUCGUGCUAAAACCAUGGGACUCGGGGAAUGCCUAACACUUUCUCCCUGGUCAACAGAAUUCCUUACCCGGUCUUUUGUUUUCGCGGACCAAAAAUGAAGAGUCAUUUCCUUUUGAUUAGGGAUUCAAUACGGUGACUUGGAACACCAAAACUCAAUUCCAAGUGGCGACUCUGUAAAUAAAUAAUCCCUAUUCAAAACAGUCACUUCAAAUGGAAAAACCCUUUAAACAAUAAAAACCCGUAUGCGUUCAUCGCGCGGGGGGUGAAAAUCCAAUGACACCUUACUUAGAGAAUAAAAUUGAUGAAGGAAAAGUUAAUCACCAUAAUUUACAAUUUAUUCACAAAUGAACAGAGUCAAUGAUAAAGAUAAAACCAGAAGUCUCAUUUAGUUGGGAAUAUUGUAAACUAAAUCAAACAACAAUGAAAUCCAAAUCUAAAACUUUAACUGUUAUAGAGUAGAGAUUCCUUCCCUGACCCUUCAAAGAAUAUAUAGACACCAACCAUCACAUCCAUGACAAUGGCAUUUUUUUUUUGCGAGCCUGCAUGAUUAACUGAAGUUUGGUUAUGUGAUGCUUCUUCAAGGCAGUGUCGUAAAUUCGCAAGUUUCACUGUGAAAGUCAAAUGGCAUCUUCCGAGUUCGAUCCAAAUAUUGGAAUUGUAGUAUUCGCAAUUUAAAGAACUUGGAGAGAUAAUUCAUAUAAAAUCAAGAAACAACAACGAAGUUAAUUGGUUGAUGGAGAAGAAAGCGGGAGUAAGAAGUGGAAGAGAGAGGCGGAUUUUAGAGGUUUAAAUUAAAUGAAGAGAUGUUAACAACGGUUCACAUGAAUGUUGAAAACCAAAAAUGAGGUAACGGUGUCUGUUGGGCACAAGUCGUGACGUUUGAGUUUUUUUAAUUAAUUAGGAGAUGGAUUUUAAUUUAAACAUCUAAAAUGUCCAAAGAAGGGAGAAAAUAGAUAAAUAGGAAUUCUAAUCAAUGAGGCGCCACCUCACCGGGCCUAUGUCCUGCAAUUAUAUAGAUAUAUAGAUAGACAAAUUAAAUACAAAUAAAUUGUUUUUAUCUCGAAAAAGAAGGAUUUUUAUGGGAGUGGGGGUAGUGUUACGAGUUUUAUCUUGUUUGGUUAUUGGGAAGAUAAUUGGUUGGGGUCAAGUGUGAACUAGUUACCUUGCCAUCCCAAGCCGGUCGGAAUUCUGCCGAAAAGGAAAAGGAUGUACUCUAUCUAACAUCACAAAUUUCAGCCCUAAUUGCAAGUAAAUAGAAUGGAGCAGAAGCUGUCUUCAGUAGCGAAAAGGCUAACAUCGUCACCCAUACAGCAACUCACUUAUCUUGCGGAAAGAUGCAAUGCCAUCAACCUUGCUGAAGGUUUCCCUGAUUUCCCUGCACCUUCCUACCUCAAACAUGCUGCCAUUUCCGCUAUCCGCUCCGACUUCAAUCAGUACAGGCAUGUUCAAGGAAUAUGUGACUACCUGGCUAAUCAAGUCAAACAAAUGCAUGGCCUUCAUGUCGACCCCCUAACUGAUAUUGUCGUAUGCUGUGGUCAAUCUGAGGCUUUUGCUGCCUCAAUGUUUGCAAUAAUAAAUCAGGGUGAUGAAGUCAUCUUAUUCGAUCCAUCCUAUGAAACUUAUGAAACUUGCAUUACAUUGGCUGGUGGAGUCCCAGUGUAUGUAGCACUUGAUCCCCCUCAUUGGAGUCUGGAUUCUGAUAAACUAGCAAAGUCAUUUACUGGCAGGACAAAAGCUAUUGUCCUCAACAGCCCGCACAAUCCAACUGGAAAGGUUUUCACUAAGGAUGAGCUUGAGAUUAUUGCUGGAGCUUGCCGAACCUGGGAUAUUCUAGCUGUAACGGACGAGGUAUAUGAGCAUAUAACCUUUGAUGGGGAGAGGCACACAACAAUUGCCACAUUUCCAGGAAUGCAGAAGCGGACCAUCAUCACAUCUUCCUUGUCAAAAAGUUUUAGUGUGACUGGAUGGAGGAUUGGCUGGGCAAUUGGCCCGGCUUGCUUCGCAUCUGCAAUCAGGAACAUCCAUGUUAAAAUUACAGACUCUGCUCCUGCACCUUUCCAGGAAGCUGCCCUGACAGCUUUGAGAAGUUCCCCUGAGUACUUUGAUGCAUUGAGACAAGACUAUGAAUCAAAAAGAGAUUACUUGUCUCAGGUGCUUACAAAAAUUGGUUUCCAGGUCCCCUUCAAGCCUAAGGGUUCCGUUUUCCUAUUCAUGGAGCUUCCCCGGACAUGCACUCUUUCCGAUGUUGACUUUGUGGAGGGAUUGAUUAAACAAGCUGGGGUGGUGGCUGUACCAGGCCAUGUAUUCUUCCACACCGAUUCCUCAAAAAAGGACCUUUCUCCGACUGCUAUUAGCUACCACAGGAGGUAUAUCAGGUUUGCGUUCUGCAAAAGUGAGGAAACGUUAGCUGCUGCUUCUCAAAAGUUAACCGAGCUUAUCGAUGGUUCAAGGAGACUGGAGCUAUUUUAAAAAUUGAAUAGCUUUCAUUAGCCUUUCCAAUCCACGUCGAUGAGAAGUGGGCUUCAAGUUGAUUGACAUGCAACAGGAAAGAUAAGCAGCUGCAAUAGAAGAUCUGUUUGUUCUUUGUUGUAUGAGAAGAAUGCUCCCACCUCUAUUGCUAUCGAAGCGAAUGGGGUUUUGCAAUGUGUAUUAAAAGAUGAAGUUCAUGAAAAUAAAUAAGAAGGAUAAUCAUUCAUUUUCUCAAA